AUGUGGUUCGGUAUAGGCUGGAUCAUCCAUGUCAUAGCAGAUGAAAGGUGGAGGAGGAUGGUGUUGAUCCUCAUGAUGAAGGUGUCAGUCCUCAGGAAGAGGAGGAGGGGGUACGCACCUUGCAUCAUGACAGACAUACAAAGUGCAAAUGAUCCAGGGGGUGACAUCACACAUGUAGCUGUGGACGAUGUUGACAUUGAAAAGGCCGUCGAUGACGACGACAUGGUCUUUGUUGACAACUGCUGGAGCUCUGCCGUCAUGCAUGUGGAGAAUUCAGUAAGAAGACUCAUGGACAAACACAAGGGUAAAGUUGUUGCUGGUGUCAAGGGUCUGUUGUUCCUCCUCUACCUGACCUACUUUGGGUAUUGUAUGUACCACAAAUUUGGAGAUGAAGGGUCUAUUCGUCUCCUGGUUGGAACACUAAUUGGAGUUCUGUACCUGCUGAAGAAAGUGACAAAAGGCUUGUGCAAGUUCACCCAUCUCAAAAGAUGUGCCUCACUUUGUGGACCAAGUAAGAAGACACUGGCAAUGCGACGGUGGAUCAGGAGGGGCCUGUACCUGUUAGGAAGUGCCGGUAUGGCUGUCUACAUAGGACUUGAUGUGGUCAGGUACAACCCCCAGAAUAUCCAGUCACUUCUGGGGUUAGUCCUAUUUGUGGUUCUAGGAUUUGUCUUCUCUACAAGUCCAGCCAGGGUGAACUGGCACCCGGUGUUCUGGGGAAUCGUGAUGCAGUUUGCAUUUGCCGUGAUUAUCUUGCGGACACCCUGGGGAUACGCCAUAUUUGACUGGAGUGGACAUCGGGUCGAAGCGUUCCUCAAAUACGGUAAUGCUGGAUCCGAGUUUGUGUUUGGGAAGAAUUACCGGGAUCACAGGAUAGCGUUUGCCGUUAUGCCAGUGAUGCUGUUCUUCAAUUCCUUCAUCUUCAUCUUGUACCACAUAGGGGUAAUCCAGGUAAUCAUGGAGAAACUCGGGUCGUUCCUGUCCUUCUGCCUGGAUAGUGGGCCCAUCGAGUCUGUGGUAGCCUCUGCGAACAUCUUCAUAGGGCUGACGGAAGCACCCCUCUUUGUUCGGCCAUAUUUGAAGCAUGUCACAGCUUCGGAACUUCAUGCUAUCAUGGCUUGUGGUUUCGCUAGCGUCAGUGGCGCCGUAAUGGGCACCUACAUACACUUCGGGGUUCCCGCCAACCAUCUGUUGUCCGCUGCCGUGAUGUCUGCACCCGCCGCCCUCGCCAUCACCAAACUCAUGUGUCCAGAAACCAAGAAGUCCUACUUCAGAGAUGGAGUGAAGAUGGAACUUGGACUUGAAAAGCAUCGCAACGUCCUCUCGGCAUUAUCAAGCGGUGCCGUUGCUGCCGUCAAGAUCGCCUCCAACACAAUCGCCAACCAGAUCGCCUUCGUGUCCUUGGCGAAGUUUGUUAACGUGACACUAGAAUGGUUCGGGGACCAGGCGGGCGUCCCUGGCAUUUCGUUUGGGCUGGUGUGUUCCUAUCUGUUCUACCCUCUCUCGUACUCGAUGGGCGUGGCCUCCCAGGAUUGUGGGAAGAUUGCGGAAAUGUUGGGCAUCAAGAUCUUUGGAACCCCCAUCUUAGGCUACACUGAGCUAUCCAGACUGAGGAGAAACCGUUUCCAGCUUCUUGACUACGUGGCCAAGAAUAAUCAUACGUGGCACUGGCAGGGUAGUGACGUCAUACUCGAGGCGACCAAUCAGACUCUCAUUGGUGGUAUCAUGGAUGAGCGGAGUGAAGUUAUAGGUACCUACGCUCUCUGUGGAUUUUCCACAGUCACCGCUAUCGGGGUUACACUCGGGACACUGGUUCCUCUGGCACCAGAACGGAAGCAGGACAUUGUCAGACUCAUCAUCCGGGCUUUUAUAGCAGGGAACGUAGCCUCGUUCCUGACCGGUGCCAUUGCGGGGUUGCUGUUCAACGGACAGAGUUUCCAGUGA